GCACAAGUAUGCUAAUUGUUUAUUGAAGCUGCCAAUAGAUCAAGAUUAUGAACUCAUUCUUUCUGUCAAAAUAUGGAUGCUUUAUAAGAAAUUACUCCCUACAAAGGAAUAUAAAGAAAAAAGAGACAAAUUAGUUAAGGAAAUUGAAGGAAUUUUAAGCAAAGAAUGGCCUGAUCACAAAAUAAAUAUUUAUUUAUUUGG